UUUGACUGAUUGUAAUGUACUCUAACCAAAGCUUGAUUUUGUAUAGUUUAUACAUAGAAGAACUCCACCUCGUUAUCCACCACCAACUUCCCCUCUUCCUCCAUUACCACCGGAUCCAAUAAUGUAUCCUGCACCGGGUGGUCUCUCUCCAUGGAGUACACCAUCAUACCCAUCAAAAUCUAUACCAACUGUAACUACACCUCAAUCAGAUUUCAUACUACGCGGCCCCGUCGGUGCACGUGCAGCUUCAGCCGCACUUCCAUCCAAAAUACCCAACUCACCCACACUAGAUGACAACAAACCAUCUUCCGAUCCUGCACUCGCACUCAAUGUACAUGGCGGCAUCGACACCUCGCGUAGGCUCCACCACCGUUUUAGACGUUAUCAAGUCCCUUAUCCCAGGAAUUAUGAACGAAAGGCUGUAGAUCUAGACGCCAUCGAUACCCUCCUGACCCGCCAAAUGAGCGGCGGUUCCUUGACUUGGCAUGCAUUCCCCAAAUCCUGGAACGAACCACCCGCACAGGGUCCCCUCAAGAGAAUAUUGGAUCUAGGCUGUGGGGAUGGCGUGUGGGUAAUCGAAGCUGCCAAGUACUGGAAAGGCUGCCAAGUCGUCGGUCAGUCCUAUCUAAGCUACUCCUUUGAGGGGUGCUGACUACUUGCAGGUCUUGAUAUCGUACCUCUCCACCCGGACCUUGCCCGUCUCUCCAGAAACAAGGAUCUCCUCAACAGAAUAAGCUGGGUCCAAGCAAAUUUCCUCGAAGGCCUUCCAUUCCCAAACGAAUCCUUCGAUUUCGUACACAUAAAGCGUAUCGCUCG